GAUCGGCUGUGCUUGGCGGUCAGUGGGUCCUACGCUCCGUGUUUGGAUGCCGGGUCACGACGCAUCUUCUACGGGGAUCGAGUAUGAAGGAGUAGAACAGGACAUUUUAGCAGCUGAAGUCGUCCAAGGAAAAGCGUUUUUGGAUGUGGACUACCUCUUAGUCCUAUGUACGAUAUCUGAGGUUUCGUUGCAUGCGAUUCACGUGGUGCAACAGAACGGGGCUCAGAGGACGCUCAUUGGAGGAGGAUCUUCAGCUGCUUCAUCGACCAGACCUAGAAGUUCUUUGCACGUUACCCGAACCAAGUACAGCAUCCCCACUGACGGCGUUAGGAUGCUUCGGGUAGCCGGAGACCCCAGGACGAAGAGAAUUUUCUUAGGUGGUGAGGAUGGCGGGAUUU